UUAGACCUUGUGGUUUCUGGGAGAGCUAGAGCCACAAGGCCUACCAGAUACAGCGACUGUAGCAGCAGAACCCAGAUGCCAGGCCUUCCACACUGAGCACCUGGAAACUGGGAGCCCAGAUCAACGGGGACACAGAGACACUGGCACACGGCCCUGGGGUGGGCGGGGCAGGCUGCAGACAGAUGGAGACAAGCUGUGCUCCUGGGAGGGGCUGCCUGGGGCUGAAGGCCACUGUCUCACAGAAGCGCCCUGGACUCUCUCUUGGACAGCAAGAGGCUGUGCCACUGCAUGAUCUGUGUUGACUGGCAGAACCCCAGCACCCCCACCGCUCUCAGACCCGCCUGCCCGGCCCUGUGCAGCAUGCUGAGUGGGGGCCUCAAGCAUCCCCACAUGCUCACCCAGCGGCCUCUGCUGCUCCUGCUGUGGCUGCUGUUGCGGCUGGUAACCAGCGCCCAGACAGCACCGGAUGCCCCUAUCACCCUGACCAGACUGGACACCACCAGCACACCAAGUCUGGGGGAGCGUGUGCGGGCCCUGAUGCGGGACUUCCCGCUUGUGGAUGGCCACAACGACAUGCCCCUGGUCCUGAGGCAGUUUAACCGCAAGGGCCUACAGGAUGUUAAUCUGCACAGUUUCAGCCACGGCCAGACCAGCUUGAACAGGCUUAAAGACGGUCUCGUGGGUGCCCAGUUCUGGUCAGCCUACGUCCCAUGCCAGACCCAGGAACGCGAUGCUGUGCGCCUCACCCUAGAGCAGAUUGAUCUCAUCCACCGCAUGUGUGCCUCCUAUUCUGAGCUGGAGCUUGUGACCUCAGUUAAAGCUCUGAAUGGUACCCGGAAGUUGGCCUGCCUCAUCGGUGUGGAGGGUGGCCACUCACUGGACAGCAGCCUCUCCGUCUUGCGUACCUUCUAUAUGCUGGGUGUGCGCUACCUGACACUCACGCACACCUGCAACACGCCCUGGGCAGAGAGCUCAGCUAAGGGCAUCCACCCCUUCUACAGCGACGUCAGCGGGCUGACCAGCUUUGGUGAGAAGGUGGUGGCAGAAAUGAACCGUCUGGGCAUGAUGGUGGACUUGUCCCAUGUCUCAGACGCCGUGGCACGGAGAGCCCUAGAAGUGUCGCAGGCACCUGUGAUCUUCUCCCACUCGGCUGCCCGGGCUGUGUGCGAGAGCACCCGGAAUGUUCCUGAUGACAUCCUACAGCUUUUGAAGAAGAACGGUGGCAUUGUGAUGGUGUCUUUGUCCAUGGGGGUGCUACAAUGCAACCCGCUAGCCAACGUGUCUACUGUGGCAGAUCACUUUGACCACAUUAGGGCUGUCAUUGGAUCCAAGUUCAUCGGGAUUGGAGGAGAUUAUGACGGGGCUGGCCGGUUCCCACAGGGUCUGGAGGACGUGUCCACAUACCCAGUACUCAUAGAAGAGUUGCUGAGGCGUGGCUGGAGUGAGGAAGAGCUCUGGGGUGUCCUUCGAGGAAACCUGCUGCGGGUCUUCAGCCAGGUGGAACAGGUUCGGGAGGAAAACAAGGGACAGAGUCCCUUGGAGGAUGAGUUCCCAGAUGAGCAGCUGGGAAGCUCCUGCCGCUCCGUCCUCUCGCAUCUGCAGCAGAGAGAAAAUCUGGCUCAAGACCAGAAACUAACCAGAACUCCAAGGCAUGGGAAUCCUAUUUUGUCACCUAUGCAGUCAUUCUCAAAAUCUUUCCCCAACACAGCCCCAGGCCUCACAGUUAUUACUGCCUUCCUGGUCCUCAUUCUUUGGCUCUGGUGAUCCAUUAAUCCUGCCAGAUGUCACUUUGGCAGACGCAGAUAUCCACGAAGUUUCCUCUCAUGCAAGCACAAACAUUUCCCAAAAAUAAACAUUUCAGAAAUGGAA